AUGGUGACUUCAACUGCUAUGACAUGGUCAGCAGUUCACGGUGACACCACCAUAGAAAACACCACGGCCCAGCCACACUCGGACCAUCCAGUGCGUUUUGCUUUUCACCGUCCUCCCAGCACCCCUGCUAGCGCAUCCUCUACGACUCCACGAGCUACAUCUGCUAAAACUUAUGUGAGCAUCUAUAAGGGCUGGAUUUUCCUGUUUGAUCUGCAAAGGUCCUCUGAACAAACCAGUCUUCUCAACAUGCUGCAGAAGCUUCAUUGGUUGCAGUAG